AUGGAUGCUCAAUAUGUACCUCAAGGAAGAUCAAGACGUUUUGCUAAACAAGCAACAAAUCUACAUCAUUUUCGGGUUGCAAUCUUUUUGGAAGUAAUUGAUUUGCAUCUUCAAGAGAUUGAUAACCGUUUUAAUGAGAAGAACAUGGAGUUACUUACAUGCAUGGCUUCCCUGAGUCCUAGAAGUAACUUUUCAUCUUGUGAUAAAGAGAGGAUACUUAAACUUGCUUCUUUAUAUCCCGAAGAGUUUUCAUGCUAUGAUUUAACGGCUCUUGAUCUUCAACUUGAUGUCUUCUUGGAUUCUAUGCAAAAUGAUGAAAGAUUUCAUGAUUUGCAAGAUAUCAAUUCUCUUUCCAUGAUGCUUGUUAAAACAAGGAGACAUGAGACUUUUCCUCUUAUACAUUUGCUAAUCAAGUUGAUGUUGAUUCUUCCUGUUGCUACGGCAAGUGUAGAAAGAGUGUCUUCCGCAAUGACGUUUGUCAAAAAUAAGUUGAGAAAUAGCAUGGGUGAUCAACUAGUGAAUGAUUGUUUGGUUACUUACAUUGAGAAGGAAGUGUUUCUACAACAUCGGAUUUGA